AUGGUUCAACUCGUUACCGACGCCGCCGAUCUGGCAACUAAAUUGACCGAUGCCAAAGAAAAAUUAGUCAUCAUUGACUUUUUUGCCAAAUGGUGUGGUCCUUGCAAGUUAAUGGCUCCAUUCAUUGAAGAACUGGCCAAUGAGUACCCUGAUGUAGUCAUGUUAAAAGUUGAUGUUGAUGAAUGUGAAGAAGCCGCUAUUGAGUAUAACAUCCAAUCAAUGCCCACAUUCGUCUUCCUAAAAUCAAAAACAGAAGUUGUUCGGUUUUCUGGUGCUAACAAAGAUAAAUUAAAGGACAAUUUAUUGAAACACAAAUAA